CUUUUGUGCACCGCCAACUGACAAAAAAAAAUAAAAAAAAGACUAAUCGCAAAACCAUGAACGAAGAACAUAACUGGAAAUUUGCUCAAUGCUUUGGCGACAAAGGCGAUUCCGACGACGUCACUGAAGCUGAUAUCAUCUCGACGGUGGAAUUUGAUCAAACGGGUGAUUACCUUGCAACGGGCGACAAAGGCGGACGUGUAGUGCUUUUCGAACGAAAUGAAAGCAAAAAAGGCUGCGAAUACAAAUUUCACACCGAGUUCCAGUCCCAUGAAGCCGAAUUCGAUUAUUUGAAAAGCUUGGAAAUAGAAGAGAAAAUCAACAAGAUCAAAUGGUGUCGGCGAACCAACGCUGCCCACUUUUUAUUAUCGACAAAUGAUAAAACAAUCAAGUUAUGGAAAGUCUUUGAGAAGUCGCUCAAAGUAGUAGCAGAAAAUAAUCUCAGUGAUGGCCCGCAGCCGAUCGCAAGCUCACUGCGUGUUCCCAAAUUAGCACAUCAUGAUACCAUUAUUGCUGCUGUCCCCAGAAAAGUAUACGCUAAUGCUCAUGCCUACCACAUCAAUUCGAUAUCCAUCAACUCUGACAGCGAAACAUACAUUUCCGCUGAUGAUUUACGUAUCAAUCUAUGGAAUCUUGAUAUUUCGGACCAGAGUUUCAAUAUUGUCGAUAUUAAACCGGCCAAUAUGGAAGAAUUGACAGAAGUGAUUACAGCCGCUGAAUUCCAUCCCCAUCACUGCAAUGUAUUCAUGUACAGUUCAAGCAAAGGCACUAUCAAGUUGAGCGAUAUGCGUGAAUCGGCUUUAUGUGAUCAGCAUGCAAAGGUGUUCGAGGAACCAGAAGAUCCAGCCAACCGAUCGUUUUUCUCCGAAAUCAUUUCUUCUGUAUCGGACGUCAGCUUCAGUCACGAUGGACGUUAUAUUCUUUCACGCGAUUACCUGACGCUCAAAAUCUGGGAUAUCAACAUGGACAACAAACCCGUACAAACCAUCAACAUUCAUGAUCAACUCAGAACCAAACUGUGCGACUUGUAUGAGAAUGAUUGCAUUUUCGACAAGUUCGAAUGUACUUUCAGCGGUGAUGACAGGCAUGUGUUGACCGGUUCCUACAACAACACAUUCCAUCUUUAUGACCGAGAAGGAAAGGGCGAUGUCACAUUGCAGGCUGAUAAAAGUGCAUUCAAGGCCAAGCGUCCCGGUUCCUCAAAGAACAAGCUGGCAACAACACGAGGUCCCAACAAGAUGGGUAUGGCCAAUGCGGAUUCGAUGGAUUUCGGUAAAAAGAUCUUACAUGCUUCUUGGCAUCCUCGAGAAAAUACCAUCGCUGUAGCUGCAACCAAUAAUCUGUUUAUAUUCACUGAGCAGCAAUAAAUGAUUCAUAUUAUUUCAAUGGCAGAAAACAAACGAAUGCAAAUG